GUGUAUGACCUAUUUUUUUUCUAUGCUCAAGUAGAGUGUACGUAUGAUCUGUGUCACUACUGUCACUGUGUUCAUUAAAAAAAAAUCAUUUCUCAAAAAAGAUUUAAGGAUUUCCUUCACCGAUCCUGAAUUUUUAAUCAUCAAUAGGCAUGGCUGGUGAUAAAGUUUUACCUAAACCUCAACUCAGAGGUCUUCUCAGAUCACAAAUUAAAGUGAAUUUGAUUGUUAUGAGUGUCAUAGCAGUAGGUGCAGUGGCUCUCCAAAAAGUAUUUAUUAACGAUAGAAGAAAGCAAGUGUACGCUGACUUCUAUAAGAACUAUGAUAUUGACAAAGAAUUUGAGAGAAUGAAAGCUAAGGGAUUAUUCGAUUCCUGUUAAAUUCAGCCAUAGCAUAGUGAAUGUAAUAGAUAUGAGUUACGAAUCUCAUGAAGUGAAUCUUUUUUAAUAAGUUAAUAUAUGUAGUAGAAAAAACUUAUUUGGCUAUUAUUUCCUCCUCC